CGUGGCGGCGCGUGUUUCCGGCGGGCGGCGCCGCGCGGUGCUGACGCUGGCAGCGGGCGGCGCGCGGAGCCGAGCGAGAGGAGCGGCGGCGGCGGCGGCGGCCCGGGCCGGCCGGCGGUCGCACCAUGGUGGCCAAGCAGCGCAUCCGCAUGGCCAACGAGAAGCACAGCAAGAACAUCACGCAGCGCGGGAACGUCGCCAAGACCUCGAGGACGGCCCCGGAGGAGAAGGCGUCGGUCGGGCCCUGGCUGCUGGCGCUGUUCAUCUUCGUGGUCUGCGGAUCAGCCAUCUUCCAGAUCAUCCAGAGCAUCCGGAUGGGCAUGUGAGGGGCCCGUCGCCGGGCCAGGCCCGUCCGCGCCCCCCCCCGCGCUGCCAUGAACUGCCCUCCCCCCGGCCGGCGCCCCGUCAGCCCCGGUUCAUCGCAGCGGCCGCCCGGGAGCGGCGCUCGGCACCGGCCGCGUCCAUUCCAGGUCCCUUCACGAGUCAUUCCGAGUUUUCUAGCCCGUGCCACAGUGCCUUGAACAGCACCACAUGUAUAAAGCAAUAAAAUUAUACUGUUGAUCUACAAUCGUGGACCUACUUAUUCGGUGAAGUACGCAGUCACGUCCUCCGUAGAUACGUUAAACUGUACGCCAUGUAGACGCGUAGGAAUUGACGCCUGUUGUAAACGCCGCUCUCGAGGUCUGUUUAAGUCUCUGUAUAGCUGGAAAUGGUUUUAUUUAAGUCGGAAGCCAGGAUUUUUAUCGUAGCUGGAGUACGCAUUCGAAGCAUGCUCGUAACGAAGCAGCGGGGCCGCGCAGCCCUCUGUGGCUUACCAAGUGACUCGUCCUCUCUGUGCGCGUAGAGUAGUCUUACUGCAGCAUGUGGCAGUGCGUUAGCGCUCAAACGCUUGUCGCGGCGGGAAACUUUACCCUAUACCUCUUGUCCUAAUAAAUUCGAAAUGCUUGUUUGUAUAGAGUUAGUGAGUGUUACUUAAUUAGAAACCAGCAUGACCGAGCAGCAGCUGUUUCUGACGUAACGCGACGCUGAAGUCCUGCGAGUGGCCGGGGCCGGAGCUGCUGGCUUACCGAGCCUCCGCGGGCCGUGGCUGCUGUAAAUGCUUCUUGGACAACUUCAACGAGUGGUGAUAGUUUUUUAAAUUUUACCGUGUUGUAUGGGAAUGUUUGGUGCAGGUACCGGGACCCUGCCCCUCCUGCCCACAGCUCUGCUUUUCUGUGCAGCAUCCGCGGUGUGGUGUGUCUUGCAAUAUAUAUUUAAUCCUAUUUAAGGUAAAUCCUGCUUUCAACUCGGUUUCGUCCGGCGAUGGAUGCAGUACUGAACUGCUUCCCUACGGAUGAUCGCAGUUCCUUCUUAGUGAUACCGAAGAAGAAAAGAAAAAGUCCUCCUUGCCUCUGAAAACGACUGUAACCUGAGAUCACAGUGGAAAACGCUGCUAUCGAUCGUGUUCUGUCGCUGAUGGCCAGGCCUUGCGCUGGCCUCUUGCUCUCUGUUGUGGUAACCAAGGCGGUCUGAAAUGGGUCUGCUGUUGUACACAGUUGCUAAAGGAAGAUUUCUUUUUUUUUUUUUUUUUUUCAGGUUUCUUAGCAGAAGACAAAUUUAAAAUCUGGUUACGCUAGAAGUAAUAGAAAAAGUUUCUGUAGAGAUUAAUUACAUGCCUGUUAGCCGUGAAGGAGCAGAUCUUUUGUAUGAAUUGUCAUAUUUCCAUUUGAAAUCAUUGGGACUGGUGUAAACCAGCGUGGCAAGAGCGUGCCCCAGAACCAAGCCACACGAGGGAACGCGCAUUCCUUGUUCUUGGACGCUCGCGUGUUGUAAGUGGUGGUGGGGGAAGUGUGUGUCACCUCUGGUUUUAAAUAAAGUUCUUUUCAAGUGCGA